AAAGUUGUCACUUACCAUACAAAUAAAACAAAAGCGAAAAAGAGAAAAUUCACCAAACAAUACAACUUACGUCGACGUGUAACACAACCUCCCACCCGAUUUUCUCAUUUCCUUACAAAACCCAACAAAAAAAAUACAUAUUAUCAACACACAAACAAAAAACACACAUCUCUCUUCAUCUUUUUUGUUUCCUCCAAGAAUCUGAAUCUGUGCUUUACUAUUUGUGUAUAACCAUGACGAACAUCGAUGAUACGACGUCUUCUCCAAUGGCCCACCCGAUCAGUCCAUCUUCUCAGCCUGAUCUUCCCGACCAAACGAAACAAGAUCCCCCAAGUUUACCCGACGAAGCAGCUUCUUCUGUUUCCGAAGAGAAAGAUCUAACUCUGCCUGAAGAGAAGAAACCGAAACAGAAUCAAGAAGAAGAGAGAGUGGACAGUGGGAGAGAGAGGUUAAAGAAACACCGGAAAGAGAUCGCCGGUAGGGUUUGGAUACCGGAGAUAUGGGGACAAGAAGAGCUUCUUAAGGAUUGGAUCGACUGUUCAACGUUCGACACGUGUCUAGUCCCUGCUGGAAUCUCGUCUGCACGUGCUGCUCUUGUAGAGGAAGCUAGGCGAGCUGCUACAGCUUCUCGUGGAUUACAACGAUUAGACAGUCGUUGCUUGAUCCUACGCUGAAUCUUUUAUAUAUAUUAAAGUAUAUACAUAAAAUGUGGUUCCUGUACCUCAAUAAUAAGACACUAUUGAAUGACGAUAUAUUGUUGAUCUAGACUUUUUUACUCAUAAUUAUAAUUUUAGAGAACAUUGCAAAUUGCUUUUGAAUGGUAUAUCAUUGAUCUAUACAUUUUACUCAUAAUGAUAAUAUUA